AUGCCCGAUGUGCCAGAUCCGGAGAGUUUGCCUGACGAGCACGAGCGUUACAAGCAGCUGCUGCAAAAUCCAGAUGUGGAGCCGUUGGUGAAGCAGCUGAUGAAGCUUCGAAAGCGGGAGAACCACCCGAUCGAUGUCCGAGUUAUUUUGGACUCGUUGAAUUGGAACACAGAGGAGGCACGGAAGAAACGUGAAAAGUACGCACUCAGCGGCCUGGGCAUGCCGUCACAGAUGCUUUGGUUUCGUGUGCGUGAGCGCUUGCCCGACGACGAGCAUGUCCAUCACUCGGUGCUGGCCUACCAGAGUGACGCGGAACUUCUUAGUACAGCGCGCGUAGAGUUGCCAUGGCGGUCCUUUUGGUCGGCCCGACCGAUGAUGGCCUCCUUGGAUCACGCGAUGUGGUUUCAUCAUCCGUUCCCUCGCUGGCGAGCCGAUGAUUGGCUGCUGUAUGUGAUGUAUUCCCCCCGGCUCACGGGUGCACGCGGCUUGUCGCAUGGGCACAUCUUUACGCGCGACGGUUGGCUGGUGGUGAGCUGUUCACAGGAAGGGCUGAUCCGGCCAUGGGGUCCCAGUGGCAUGGUCGAAGUUGCGUUGCCCAAGCAGCUGUGCCUCUACCCUGGAUGUCUGGCGAGGCGCAUCCCAUGGAUCUUGGGACCAGUUCCAAAGAGAUCGUGGAUCAGUUCUGCACCCAGGAUAUCCAUGAGUGGUGUCACUUGGCAAAUGAAAGGUGGUGAGAGCAAUGACUUGAUUGACAAAGGGGCGGACGAAAGGAUCUUCAAGGUUUCACCCCUUGGACCCUGGGCCCCAAGGUAUCAAGAGGACAUAAAAGGCGCCCAAGAGGAGAUGCUGAAUUCGCUGUUCUCCCCCACGCCUGAGCCCAGUGAACCAGGCGAUGCCGGGCAAGACGCUGCGGACGCCUGCGAUGCCUGGGACUUGGGGCAGGAGCCGGGGAGAGAGAUGACUGGCGUUUGA